AUGGCCGAUCGCGGAGGAGGUUCAGACCGGGAAAGCGAGGUGGAAGCCGCGGUGCUCCUCGGGGCCGUGGUGGCGAUGGCGCGCCUCGUGGAGGUGGCCGAGGCCGCGGUGACGACUCUAGCCGGGGCCGUGGACGUGGUGAUGGCCAAGAUGGCCGUGGUCGUGGACGUGGUGAUAGUCACGAUGGUCGGGGCCGUGGACGUGGUGGGUACGAGGGUGGCCGUGGUGGAUAUGAUGGUGGCCGCGGUGGAUACGACGGCGGUCGUGGCGGUUAUGAAGGUAGGGGCGGCGGCCGGGGCGGGCGCGGUUUUGGCGACCGCGGUGGCCGAGGUGAUCGUGGUGAUCGCGGUGGCCGUGGGCGUGGGUUUAGCCGCGGCGGUGGGCCCUCGAACAUUUGAGCAAAAGUCAUUGCCCAUCACCUUCCCGGAGCCUGACAAGCCCACCAACGAGCUCGAGAAUGACCUCUUGAGCGUCGAGGGCAAGAUGUCGUCCCUGUCCGUGAGCAAGGAGAUUGCUCACAGACUGCCCUAUCGCCCCGUGUUUGGCACUCGGGGCGUUCGGGUCAAGUUGUGGGCCAACUAUUUCAACCUUGACCUCAAGGCUGAUAGGGACCUAUACAGGAAGCUUCAAAAGAAUAAACGCGAAAAAGGCGAGGCCCCGCCCCUCAAGGGCGCCAAGCUCGCCCAGGUCGUCGAGGCCACUGUGGAACUCAUCAAGACCUUCAACGCGGGCGUGGCCCUCGCCACCGAGCUCAAGUCCAAGAUUGUCACCACUGCUAAGCUCAACCUGCCCCAGAACCCGAUGCUGGUGCCCAUCACCACCGAAGGGCGCUCCCGACGAGACAUGUACUCUGUCUCCUUUGAGGGACCGAGGCUUCUCGACCUCGCCGGCAUGGCCAAGUACGUCAAAACCAUGCAGGAACACGACUCUAGCUUCCCCAAGUUCGAGGAUGUUGUCGACGGUCUCAAUAUCGUGCUCGGUCACACCGCCCGUACGAACCGCACCAUCUCCGUCGUCGGCUCUCGUCGGUUUUUCGAGACCGGCGCCACGGGUGGGCCGGGCAGUGGGUAUGACAUGGACGAAGAGAAGACAUUCCUGGUUCCUACCGUCUUGGCUAUCUGCCGUGGCUACUUCCAGAGUGUCCGCCUCUCGACCGGCCGACUGCUCCUCAACACAAACGUCACGCACGGCGUCUUCCGAGUCGAGGCCGAAGUAAAGGACAUCUUCCGACGCCUCAACAUUGACCGAUGCAACUCAUUAGAUGACUUGGCCGUCCUUUCCCGCAUCUUUACCCGCGCUCGCGUCGAGUACCGCUUCAGGGGUGGCGCCAGCGACAAGGAUCUGAAGCGACAAAAGACCAUGAUGGGAAUUCUCGAGUCCGGCCGCGGGAUGCAGGUGGAGGGCUUGAAGAUUGAGGACACGCCCUACCCAGGCCCUUCGCAGGUCAUGUUCCUGACGUCUUUGCCAAACGAUGUGGCACCCACCUACCGAACUGUGACACAGUACUACAAAGAAAAAUACGGUGCCAGUCUCAACACCAACUGGCCGCUCUUGAACGUCGGGACCCCUAUUAAACCAACUUUUGUUCCGGCCGAGUUCUGCCGCAUCCUGCCGGCCCCUGUCAAGGUUAAGCUCAACGAGAUGGAUUCUCAGGCUAUGAUUGAAUUUGCAUGCCGCCAGCCUGGAGACAAUUACCAUUCCAUCAUGAACAAGGGCCAAGAAAUCUUGCAGCACGACGCAGCUCUUCUUAAAGAUUUUGGUGUCAAGGUAGGCAAGGGCCUCCUAACCGUCCAUGGACGUGAACUUUCCGCACCUACCCUCUGCUACAAGCCCGGCGUGGGCGGCAAGGGUCCCAGGGCCGCGGUGCCCAAGUUUAAGCCAUCCUUUGGAGCUUGGAACAUGAGCGGCCUCAAGUUCGCCAUCCCCGGCAGGCCCAUCACCCGGUGGGGCUGCGUCGCCAUCAGCAUCCAGGCGCCCGACGGCGAGAUCAUCCGGACCACCAACGAAUUUAGGGCGCAGGUCAACAACAACUGCGGGCUGCAGAUGGACGAAACCCCAACGGAUGGGUUGACGCGUGUCAUGAUUAGGCCCGGAGACCCGCAUGCGCAGGGGAAGAUUAACACGGCGCUCGCUAGGCUUGCAGAGGAGCGAAGGGUAGGCGACGUGGAUCUUGGCAUUCAUACCGUCUGCAUGGACUGGAAAAAGGCGAGCAAGGAUAAGGGACGGGCGGGCUACUUUGGUAACAUCGCCCUCAAGUGGAACCUGAAAAUGGGUGGUGUCAACCACCAGCUCGUCGACACCAUCGGGCUCGUCCAGAACGGCAAGACAAUGGUCGUGGGAUACGACGUCGUACACCCCACCAACGUGGCCACCGCAGAAGAGGCCGCCGCCCCCAGCGUAGUCGGUCUCGUUGCCAGCAUCGAUAAAGAGCUCGGGCAGUGGCCAGCCACGGCGUGGGUGCACACGAGCCGACAAGAGGUGUGCGAGGAUGAGCAGCUCAAGGGUGCCAUCGAAUCCCGCCUCGACUUGUGGAAGGCCAAGAACAACGGCCAGCUCCCGGAAAACAUCGUCAUCUACCGCGACGGAGUACAAGAACCCCCACGCUUGGCGCUCAUCGUAUCGGUGAAGCGGCACCACACGCGCUUCUACCCAACCAGCGCGGAGCACACUUCGCGCACAGGAAAUAUCCGCCCGGGAACCGUGGUGGACCGUGGCGUCACCCAGGCCCGAUACUGGGACUUUUUCCUCACUGCCCAUGACUCCAUCAAAGGAACGGCUCGUCCGGCGCACUACACAGUUCUCCUCGAUGAGAUCUUCACCCCCGAUCCGGAAGAAACGCGGCAGACGACUUGGAGACGCUGA